CAAAAAACACAUGGAGCUGUCAAAUUCAGAGGAAUCGCGUACUGCGAAUUCGCGUAUAUCGAGUAUCGCGUACUGCGGAUAAUUGCUGUACUGCGAAUUCGCGUAUAUCGAGUAUCGCGUACUGCGGAUAAUUGCUGUACAUAUCGAACAGAGUCGUAUCUGUUUCUCUCGUUCGAUUGGUCCCAGAGCGCCGCCUAAUCUAGAAAAGCGUCUUUUGUAUACCUGAUGAUCUUAAUGUAUCGUAAAUCAUCCAGCUGUUACCUUAGUGAACCUUGAUAUGGUUUAUGGAAUGGUAUGACAGACCCGCCUGACGAAUUCUUGAUUGCAUCGAGAUUUGCUAAUAGUUGUUCUUGAAGCUGGUUUUAUGUGUAAUAUAAUAACUGUAUUUUGAUUUCGUUAGGCGAGUGAUUCUUGAUUUGGAGAAUUAAUUCCUUUAAAUUAAACGUGCAUCCGACGAGGCACCAAGGCAGCUUAGAACGGUGACAAUUGGCUGAGAAAAGAAAAGGAAGAAGAAAGGAUGCCACUUCAAUUAGCAACGCGUAUCUUAAUCAAAGGGUAGAACUGAGCCAUAGUAGUUCAAUGAAAAGAAUUGUGUUUAUCCUGUUGACUGAAUCGUUGCAAAGUGACAAUAAGCUUUAUUUUUGUGUAAAAUUUUACACACUUUUAAUUGCCUAAAAUUUACAUAGCUAAGUUGUCUUAGUUUAAGCGUGUCAAAAAAAAAAGGACAAAGGCUUUUCCUAGACGGUACUAAGGAAAAAUGCUGAAAGGUCGACGGACGCGCAAUGCUGAAAAAAAAAAUGCUAAUCUUGUUCAUGAUGACACAGCCAGUCCAAAGCGAAAGGAUAUUAAAUACACACAUGAAGAUAGUAACAAUCCUGUCGCAAAUAUUGAACAGCGAAAUAAUACCUCGGUUUGUGACGAGCCUAUGAAGCUUCGUGGCGGCCGCGUGAAGAUGGCGGACAUAUCUAAAUAUUUGGAAAAAAAAAAUGAUUCUAACAUUACCGAAAAAUCUAUAACACUGGUACAAUCAAAGAGCAACUUAGAUAUAACAGAUGAAAACGUUUGUGAAAUUGUUGAGGCUCAACUUUUGGAAGCAAGCAUUAGUUUUUCAGAUGCUACACUAACAAGAAACAAUUUUGUAGAUCCAAAAAAAUCGAAAAAUAACAAUAUUUUUCUUCAGGAGCCAGUCCUACACUUAAACUUCGCCAAAAUAUCAAACCCUUCAUCUCGAACUUUAAGUAUGGUGCAAAAUUCUAUUUUAACACAACAAGAUGUAAAAACUGGUCUCUUCACAACACCAUCGCAACCAAAGAUAAAUUCAUUCUGGAAAGAAGUUACUCUGACCAGGAACAUCAAAGGCACAAAUGAUGAGAAAGAACGAUCAUCAAUGAGCAAUAAUGAACAACAUAUAUUAGAUCUGUCUAAACCAACACAAGUAACCCAAAUUGAUUCUACUACUACUGCGGAAAAUGUAUCGACCGAUGACGAUAAUUCGUGCGAUAGCGGUGAUAGCGGCGUUAUUCUGUCAGGAACUAACGGAACCAUUACUAUGUCCCUCACAAAUAAUCAAACAAAUUUGUCAGCAUGUGCUGAGCAGAUAGGUGAGGCUGAGAAUCGAAAGAAACCGGCCACCCCGCAUCGUAUUCUUUGUCCUUCACCUACAAAAAAUGCUAUCAUAUACCUUCAAAGCCCGCCUGGACUUCUCAAUAAUUCUUCGUCAGGAAAAAGCCGUAACAAACGACAGGCUGGCAACAAUAAAACUCGUAAAAGACUUAAUAGCAAGGAUGCAGAAAAUGGUGUUGCAGCUACAGAAGAAAUUAAAGAAAUGAAACCUGAACAAUUACAUGAUGUUGCGAAUGCUGCUCGUGAUUCAGCUGUUCCGAUCGAGCUGAAUAAAAAUAUUGUACAUCAAAACCGGAAAAUAGUUGUUGGAUCAGCAAAUUUUAAACCUGGAUGUAACAAAAAAAUUACAGAAUAUUAUCCAAUCAGGCGAAGUGUACGCAAAACAAAGAAAGAAGUACAAGUUGAACGAGAUCGUGAUAUUGAACGAGCCAUUAAGGAAGGGCGUGAAGAUGGACUCAAGAUCGAAUAUUUUGAAGGAAAGGGUCGAGGCAUCGUUACAACGAGGAGCUUUGCGAAAGGAGAAUUUGUAGUAGAAUAUAUUGGCGACCUUAUAAGUGUUGCCGAAGCAAAACAACGAGAACAAGUUUAUUCUAAGGAUGAUAGUACAGGAUGCUACAUGUACUACUUCAGGCACAAGAACGUACAGCACUGUAUUGAUGCGACAGCAGAAAGUGGAAAGCUCGGACGGUUAGUAAACCAUUCCCGGAAUGGAAAUUUGGUUACCAAAACCGUGCCCAUCAAUAAUCGGCCGCACCUUGUUUUAAUUGCCAAAGAAGAUAUUGAAAAGGGUGUAGAAGUGACAUACGAUUAUGGUGACCGUUCAAAAGAAGCAUUACUUCAUUAUCCAUGGUUAGCAUUAUAAUUUAAAUAAGAUAGUAAAAUGUAACUUAUUUGUCCUCUUUUGUGCGUCUAUAUAAAACUGUUCGUGCUGUGGGUUUCCAUAGUGCUAAGAAAUAUUAGAAAUGUCAACCUCGGUAUUACAGAGAUAGGAGGAAGAAUUGAUUAUCAUUGAUUAUCUGCCAUCUUGUUUUAAAAUAUAAGUCUAUCCAUAUUUCAACAAAAAUAUAACAAAAAAAAUCUUCAAUCAAAUUUAAACAUAAAUGA